AUGCCGCCCAAAAAACAACCCGCGGCGGUCCCUCCGGACCAAAAGACCUUCACCGUCAUCCCCAUGCCAAUAAGCAUUCAACAGCUCAUGUCACGUCCCCAUGAUGGCAAAGAUAGCCAUCCUCCCAUGACAUCUAAACAGGCACAGAAACUAUAUCGCCAGAAGAAUCGCCAGCCUCGGAUGUCCAAGGAGGAGCAGCGGCGGCUUGAGCGACUUGAGCAAGAAAGAAUUAGGAAGGAGUUAGAGCAAGAAAAGAGGCUGAACAGAGCCCAAUUCCUGCGGGAGAAGAAAAAACAGCAAGAACAAGCAAAGUUGCUGGAGAGGAAGCGCCAGGGCUUGCCACUGGUUGAUCCUCGCCCGAGCCAGAAUGUGAUAACAAAGUUCAUCAGGGGUCCUGUCGUGGGCCAGAAGCGCGACGCUUCAGGUUCAAUCGUUAACCAUAAUAAUGAGUCCCACACAGAGAUGGAGCUGGAUGGUGCGGAGAAUCAAGAGGAUGAAAUGGAGGAGUACAGAGCACGUAAGCGCCUACGCCUCGAGGCUUUAGAUAAUAAUCACCAGGGUAAUGACGCUUUUAAUGCCACUGAGGACAAUAACUUUCGAGCGCUUCGCAUGCUACCGCCGUCCAGCCGAGGUCAGCACUCCGGCCCAGCCCCUGGUGGUCUCCAGAGUUCUAUUACCUCCCAGGAGCUUAAAACGGUCGCCGCUGGGGUUUCUACGUUACAGAAUGUGGUUGAGGGGACUACACAGAGCAACACAAUCGUACCUGCAACCUCACACAAAGCUACCACUACUACGGCACAGAACAUCUACACUUCUCUCAAUCCACAGCUUGCUGCUCAAUCCGUCACAAAUCAGUCUGUCCGUAAGACUGCCAACCCUGAGCAGCGAGUGCAGCAAUUAUCUGGAUUAGAAUGUGACUCUGUCAGUAACAUCAAGUCGACCAUGCGCUCUUCUCCCUCACGGGAUAAUUCUCAUCCUGCACAGCAAUUUCUCAAUGCGCGUUCAUCUAUGCAGCAUCCUCUCCAGCCUAGGUACACGCGCUCUGGUAUCCAAAAACCAAAUCAUUCUCCCUCUUAUGUUCCGUCGCCUCUUCGCAAGUCUCUCGAGCCUCAGACCCCCACCAGCACUCAAUUGUUCUUGAUGACGCACGCGGAUGAGUUCCUCCUCUCAGCUUCUCAGGAAGCUCGGGAGCUUGCAGGUGGUGAUUAUGUACCAGAGCAGCCUAAGCCGGCUCAGAUACCCGCUCUGGUCAAGCAAUCUGGUUUCCGUACGAAGCCCUCUCUUGUUCAGCAACUUCAGAUACACACAGUUUCCAAGACGGCGCCUCAGCAGUUUGUUCCCCACCAGCAGCUACAAAAGCCAGUAACACUCAAGAAUGCAGCGCCAAAGCCCUCCUCCGCUCAGACGCCUGGUCCUGUCCAGAACGCUGCUUCAGUUAGACAGCCACCAAAUCCUGCACCUGUCAAGCCCAUGGCUCAACAGCCAGUCAUUUCGCGCAAACAAAUUAAUCGGUUUGCUGCCACAAGAAUUCAGAGCAAUCGGGUUGUUUCUUUUCUGGCUCCACUGCCAAAGCCUGCCCCAGCGGCUCCCGCGCCCCUUAAUUCCAAGCCCAAACUCAUCGAAGAGACUGCUGCGGACGUGAUUGCCAACAUAUCCUUUCAAGACAUCAUGUCCACCCAGGAAGAGCGAGAGCUAGAGGGGGCGAGCAGGAAGGAUGCUAAAGUCACCAAACUGCUCAAUGAGCUCUCUUUCUUCUCUACUCAAGACCUCUUUAUAUCGACUCAAGAGGCCAGCGAUCUAGAGCGGCCGGCUCCAAUCAAGGCUAAGAGCGUUAAGGAGCUCGUCGCCGCGGAGGAGCUGAAGCUGAUGUCGUCUGACUUUCGGGAUAUCGAGGGCUCAGGGAAAUUGGGGAAGCAUGCUAAUGGUGUUACAGAGCCCAAGACUGCCUCCUUUUGCACGCAGGAUGUUACCCUCACCUCGUCGGACCUACAGGAUAUCGAAGCACCUGCAGCUGCUCAGACCAGCAUCUCGAAAAGCGCUAUCGAGGUUGUUCCUGCCAACAGGCCUAGCGUCCAGGCCGUGGCGGCGGACUCCGAUUCGGAGAUUAAGGACAUCCCGUCGCCUGUCCGCCCCAAGCCAUGCCGAUCUUUGGAAAUCAAACCUCCUCCCUUUAUCAUUAGAAAUAUAAAUCAACCCAGCGCUGGCACCCCACAUGGAUCUUCUAACCUCAGGCUGCUCCACAGCUUUCUUCCGCCUUCGCACCGCACUACUUCUCCGAAGGGCGAUCAGGCAGCAGCUAUCAAGAAGCCGGUCAGAUGCCCGUUGGAGGAUAUCGAGGAUCCUGAGUCCGAUAAGGAAAACGGUGUCCUCGACAAGAACGACAACAAGGAGGGCGCGAAGGACAAAGAGAAGAAGGCAGAUUCUACAACCCCUCCUCCACGCCGAGAGAAACGCCGCUUCUUUACACCCAGCGGCAACGGCAUCCGACUGCUGAUGACCAUCAGCAGGAACAAGAAGGCUAAAGAGCAAGAGAUAGAGAGAAGGCGUGUGCAGGAGAUGAGGGAGAGGUGGGCUCAGGCCACUGCUUCGAAUAGCAACAACACCAACGCCACUAAUACUACCGGGUCGAGCUGCGAUCAUAACACUAUCGCCAACAGCAAAAACAACACGAGCGGCAAGUUGGAAGCCCAAAUCAUCCCCUGCUCUCCCCCAAAACAGAUCACGGCUGUCCCUCCUGUUUCGAGCCGGCGGCGUGCGUCACCCACCGUUCACCCUCAACUUUCAUCAUCACAGUCCACGGACUAUGGAGAUCCGAACUUGGAUGAUGAAGAUUUCGUUUUGUUGGGUAUUUGA